UCUGCGCGCCGUAGCUCGUUGCCAGGAUACGGUGCACCGCGCCAGCUCCUCUGUUGAACACCGUUUGGAUGCAGACAGACGCUAAUAAACGGAACUCGGACCGCGAAUUAAAGCGUUUUACGAAAUUAUAAACGGUCGUUUAACGUCUGAGACACCGUCUGUCAGCGGUCUGGGUCGAGGUACCUGGUUCCAAACGCCCCGCCGUCGGCUUGUUGUGAGCUGCUGGACGCUACUAUUAAAGGCUGGUUGCUACUGUUAGUAGCUAAUUGCUAAUGCUAACAGCCACUUGCUUAUGUUAGUUGCUGUGUGGUGGUGUUAGCUGCUGAUUGCUAAUGUUAGCAGCUAGUUCUAAUGCUAACGGCUAGGUGCUAAUGUAAGCAGCUUGAUUCUUAAUGUAAACUGCUUAGUUGCUACUACUAGCUUGCUGUGCGGUUUGCUCUCCUCAAAGCGGAGAAAGCGUUAAUUUAACGGACAGAACAGUUAAAGGUGCCCAGAAGUUGGUUUGAAAGGACUUUUAACCGACCAGCUGAGCUGUCCGGUCACAAAGAAACCGCUCCGAAGGUCGGCUUCAACGUCCAGAGACGCGGUGGCCUCGGUGCUAGCCGCUGUGGUCCGCCUAUGGAUCGGGGUGCCCGGGAGAGGGCCGGCCGCCUGCUAAAGAACCAACAGUACGACGAGAGCCUGGAGGUGGCCGACGGUGAGGAGGUGGCCAGCGUCUACAGCCUGACUCCCCGCGGCCAGCGGCAGUCAGAGUCAAGGAGGAGCCGGAGGGUUCGAGGCCUGAUGUCGGCCAACAGCGGCAGUGACGAGGACCACAAGCCUUCAGGAGCCAAAGAGCCGACGGGGGCCAGUCCCAACGAGGAGGAGGAGGAGGAGGAGGAGGACGAUGACUCUGAUGAGGAUGAUAGUGACGAAGAUGACGAGCAGGCGGAGGCUCCAGAGGGAGCGUACGACCCGGCCGACUACGCCAACCUGCCUGUCAGCACCGAAAUCAAAGAGCUGUUCCAGUACAUCACACGGUACACGCCUCAGUCUAUGGAACUAGAACACAGUCUGAAGCCCUUCAUCCCAGACUUCAUCCCUGCUGUUGGAGACAUUGACGCCUUCCUGAAGGUGCCGAGGCCGGAUGGUAAAGCCGACAGUCUGGGCCUGCUGGUUCUGGAUGAGCCCAGUGUGAAGCAGUCAGACCCCACAGUGUUGUCCCUUUGGCUGUCAGAGGAGACCAAGCAGCACGGAGCCACAGAGCUGAAGAAGGUGACCAGCGUGGCCAGUCCUCAGUCCAACCCGCGGGCCGUGGACAGCUGGGUGGACAGCAUCAGCGCCCUGCACCGCUCCAAGCCCCCGGCCAGCGUCCAGUACAGCCGGCCGAUGCCCGACAUCGACAGCCUGAUGCAGGAGUGGCCGGCCGAGCUGGAGGAGCUGCUGGGUCGCCUGCAGCUGCCUCCGGCCCGCCUCCACUGCAGCCUGCCGCAGUACGUAGACCUGGUCUGCAGCCUGCUGGACAUCCCCGUCCACAGCAGCCGCAUCCAGGCGCUGCACCUCCUCUUCAGCCUCUACCUGGAGUUCAGAGACUCUCAGCACUUCACCCGCAGAGUGUAGGAGCAGCUUCUACAUAGCAAGGACACGGGGACACUCUGAAGGACACCGAUACCAACAAAUGUCAAUAAAUACCAAUAAAUAUCAAUCAUUUUGAACAGAUUUUCAAUCAUUUCCAAAAGAUCUCAGAGUAUUCUUGAAGAGUUUUGAACAUUUCUGUCAUUUUGGAUUUUUUUUCUGUAAAUUUAAACUCAUUCUGUAAUUUGGGACAAACUGAGUUAUUUUUAACAAGUUUUCUUUCGUUUCUCACCAUGUUUUGCCCAGAAACCUGCAGCUUCUCCUACACAUUCUUCCAUGUUAUUCUUUUUUUUUUUCAACUUCCACAGUUAAAGAACUCAUCCUCGUGUUUGUAGGAGCAUCCUGGCUCUUUUCAGUCAGAGAAACUGGUGUUUGAAGAAUCAGUGCAAGCUGGAGUUAUGAAAAAUUUGGUGUAAAACUUUGAUUUAAUAAGUAAUAAACAGCUGUCAUGGUUCUGGUGAGUUCUUCAUCCUCGUCUUUGUCUUGUUUCGGGUCAUUCUGGACACUUGAUUUGCACAAAUAUUUAAUCAUGUUUUGUUCUUGCUUUGAGUCUGUUAUCUCUCCACCUCUGUCUUUAUCUGACUGAUAUUCAAUAAAGUUGGACACGA